AUGGCAUUUUUCAAAUUUGAUGUGUUAACUAUUAUUAAGAUUCCGAACAACUCGGUUCUGUUCAGUUCUCGACUCAACUCUGUUCAAAUCUCUGAAGGCAGUUCUAAUAUGUCCAGCCUUCAAUAUGCAGCUGAUAUUCUUUUGAGGUGGGAUUCUGGUGACAGCACGCCCCCUGCGACGGAACCCACCAGCACGCCCCCUGCGACGGAACCCACCAGGUCGCCCCCCGCGACGGAACCGGCCAGCACGCCCCCCGCGACGGAACCCGCCAGCACGCCCCCCGCGACGGAACCCGCCAGCACCCCCCCUGCGACGGAACCCGCCAACACGCCCCCCCUGCGACGGAACCCGCCAGCACGCCCCCCGCGACGGAACCCACCAGCACGCCCCCCGCGACGGAACCCACCAGCACGCCCCCCGCGACGGAACCCGCCAGCACGCCCCCCGCGACGGAACCCGCCAGCACGCCCCCCGCGACGGAACCCGCCAGCACGCCCCCUGCGACGGAACCCGCCAACACGCCCCCCCCCUGCGACGGAACCCGCCAGCACGCCCCCUGCGACGGAACCCGCCAGCACGCCCCCUGCGACGGAACCCGCCAGCACGCCCCCCGCGACGGAACCCGCCAGCACGCCCCCCGCGACGGAACCCGCCAGCACGCCCCCCGCGACGGAACCCGCCAGCACGCCCCCCGCGACGGAACCCACCAGCACGCCCCCUGCGACGGAACCCGCCAGCACGCCCCCCGCGACGGAACCCGCCAGCACGCCCCCCCGCGACGGAACCCGCCAGCACGCCCCCCGCGACGGAACCCGCCAGCACGCCCCCCGCGACGGAACCCGCCAGCACGCCCCCCGCGACGGAACCGGCCAGCACGCCCCCCGCGACGGAACCCACCAGCACGCCCCCCGCGACGGAACCGGCCAGCACGCCCCCCGCGACGGAACCCGCCAGCACGCCCCCCGCGACGGAACCCGCCAGCACGCCCCCUGCGACGGAACCCGCCAGCACGCCCCCUGCGACGGAACCCACCAGCACGCCCCCCGCGACGGAACCGGCCAGCACGCCCCCCGCGACGGAACCCGCCAGCACGCCCCCCGCGACGGAACCCACCAGCACGCCCCCCGCGACGGAACCCACCAGCACGCCCCCCGCGACGGAACCCACCAGCACGCCCCCCGCGACGGAACCCACCAGCACGCCCCCCGCGACGGAACCCGCCAGCACGCCCCCCGCGACGGAACCCGCCAGCCCCCCGCGACGGAACCCGCCAACACGCGACGGAACCCGCCAACACGCCCCCCCCCCCCGCGACGGAACCCGCCAGCACGCCCCCCGCGACGGAACCCGCCAGCACGCCCCCCGCGACGGAACCCGCCAGCACGCCCCCCGCGACGGAACCCGCCAGCACGCCCCCCGCGACGGAACCCGCCAGCACGCCCCCCGCGACGGAACCCGCCAACACGCCCCCCGCGACGGAACCCGCCAACACGCCCCCCCCCCGUGACGGAACCCGCCAGCACGCCCCCCGCGACGGAACCCGCCAGCUCGCCCCCCGCGACGGAACCCGCCAGCACGCCCCCCGCGACGGAACCCGCCAGCACGCCCCCCGCGACGGAACCCGCCAGCACGCCCCCCGCGACGGAACCCGCCAGCACGCCCCCCGCGACGGAACCCGCCAGCACGCCCCCCGCGACGGAACCCGCCAGCACGCCCCCUGCGACGGAACCCGCCAGCACGCCCCCUACGACGGAACCCGCCAGCACGCCCCCUGCGACGGAACCCGCCAGCACGCCCCCUGCGACGGAACCCGCCAGCACGCCCCCCGCCACGGAACCCGCCAACACGCCCCCCUGCGACGGAACCCGCCAGCACGCCCCCUGCGACGGAACCCGCCAGCACGCCCCCCGCCACGGAACCCGCCAACACGCCCCCUGCGACGGAACCCGCCAGCACGCCCCCCGCCACGGAACCCGCCAACACGCCCCCCACGCUCCAACUCACCAGCAGAGUAUGCCGGGCUGGAACACAAACAAUCCCGGCGAUAACUGA